AUGGAACAAUUGUAUUCACUUAUUCGUGAAAAGAUAAAAGAGAAACAAGAAGGAAUUCAACGAGUGGUCGCCGAAAUUGUUGCUGGUAUGAUUCGUGGAUCGAAAUAUUGGACGGUAGAAAUGCUUGAUGAACUCUGGUCCAAGCUCACACCAUUUCUCAACGAAGCCUUUAUGAAUAUUAGUUCAGAAGCAGUUAAUAAUUGGUGUUUGUGUUUCCGUGGAAAACAUUUUCCCGAUGAAUUUGUUUUGCUUAGCUCUGCAACAUCGAAAGUAUUGUGGCCAAUGAUGAAAGCAUUCGAAACCGUUUAA